AUGAUUGAAAGUAUUUCAGCCAAACUUCCUUACCUCCGCAAUGCUGCGGAACUGCCUGGUCCCCUCCCCACGUUGUCUGAGAUCCACAAUUCACCAGAGUCCCAGCUCUCGCCCAGAAGAGUUGGCUUAUCUUCUCCAGGCGGCGUGAUUGUUGUCAGGGGUACUUACGUCGUCAAAUACGGCCGAAGAGUCAAGGAAUAUGAGGGCAAUGCACUUCUCUUCGUUGAAAAAUAUCUCCAGAUUGGCGCACCUCGCCUGUACGCCAUGUAUCGGGACGAACCAUCGGGCUGUCUCUAUCUUGUCAUGGAAUACCUUCCAGGUGUGAACUUGGAAUCAGUCUGGCCUCAUCUCUCGAACAAAUCGAAGUCAUCGGUUACAAUGCAGCUGAAGGACAUGUUUGACCAGAUGGGGGCACUUGAGCCACCUAAAGACUUCAUUGGCGGUAUUGACGGCGGCACCCUUCGCGACGCGCCAUUCAGCAUGGUAGAUGAUGAUCCUCGAGUAAAUGGUCCGUUCAAAAGCUCAGAGGAAGUCGGUUUGGCUCUAGCACUUGCUUCGCAAGAUCGUAUGGAGGAGAGUGGCCGGCCUUCAUGGCUGCCUCCCUUCUUCACACAGCACCUAAGCGUUGCACUGAAGGAUCACGAAGCCCAAUUUACACAUGGAGAUAUUCACAUGCGAAAUAUUGUGGUUGAGAAGGUGUUGAGCAAUAGCAGCCCCGGAAAUGCUGAGCUCAAUGAGCGCGAGUCUGAACAACACCAUGAGUAUCGAGUUAGAGGUAUCGUGGAUUGGGAGUCGGCAGGGUGGUACCCUGCGUAUUGGGAGUACGCCUCAGCGCUUGCAAGAGCUCAAGAAGAAAGUGAUUGGCCAGAGCACGUGGGAAAGAUGAUGAAACCUUACCCUAUGGAGUUGUCCAUGAUCUUUUUGCUCUUCCAAUACUUGCAACUUAUCUACUAA